ACGUCGCAUGCCGCUUGGACGUCUGCGGUGCCUCCCCCCAUUCCACUGAGUGAUCACCUCACUUUUGGCGGGUAUUCGCACGGACGCGGGCAAACGUGACGUGAAUCGGAAUGCGCGCGUGUUGUCAACGCGCCCGACUCGCCGUCGCAGUGAAAUCUGUGACUCGGAACACUUGGAUUGCAGUGUUGGAUUGUUGUAUGGAGUAGUGCUCCGUGGCGUUUUUUGUAAGAACGUAUACUCGUAUAAACGGAUUGUGUUUCGGUUGAUGAAUGUUCCCAUCCCGAGGAAAAUGUUCGUACGCGGAGUAGAUUAGAGUGACUGAUACUAAGAUUAUGCGACAAGUGCUCAAAGUUGGAUAUAGUUUUGUGAUUGUGUAUUCAGAAACUUCUUCAAGAUUUCGUUCAGUGGUAACAAGUGUGCAAGGAUAGACGGUGCGAUAGCACGUAAUAUGCAUAUGUGCUAUGAGAGGCCGGGCGUGGUCACCACCUUGAACGGGGGCGUUGGGUACGACAAGUGGGACCGGGGCGGGGGCGGGGGCGGCGGCGGCGGCGCGACGGGCACGUGGUCGGGGCGCGAGCCGCGCGACGGCCACGACGCGCGCGCCGCCGAGCCGCGCGAGGCGCGCGACCGCGAACGCGAGCGCGACCGCGAGCGCGAGCGGCAGGCGCGAGCCCACCAGAUGUCCAACGCGCGCCCCGCCGAGCCCGACGCCUCGUCGCUCUUCCCUGCGCCUUUUAGGGUGUCAGGUGACAGGGAUCGCGUGAGCCAGCAAAUCCAGACGAAGCUAGGCGACUACCGGCUCGCGCAGACGUUGAUCGAAGACCCCAGCAAGUCCAUUGGCAUCUGCGCCGAGCCCGCCAGCCCCGCACCCUGUCACCCAUCCAGGCGAGAGAACGAGUUCAAAAAACCUGCGCACGCGCUUAACGGUCGAGUGCACCAUCGACCGUAUGCCUACAAUAAGAGUGAGGGGCUCAGCUCUACAGGCACAACCGCACACCGCCCGCCUCCCUUACGGUUACCGAAUGGGGUCCAAUCUCAAAAUGCCAUCGACAGUAGUCAGCCACCCAUAGAAAGUAUAUUAAAGGAAAUGAAGUCACUCCCCACCCCGCUGUCGGUGAUAGCAGCCACGCCGAGGAAAGAACUCGAGAACAAGUUCAUCUUCAACCACUUCACCAAUAGGGUACAAGAAAAUCCUCAGCUAGCGAGCAACGAUCUCAAACAACCCCUCACCAAACCCGGUUUAGACAACCGGAUAUCAAACUCAAGGAGUUCAGUCUCGCCGGACGUGGUGAACAAUCUCAGGCUGUCGGAAAGCGACGACGAGGUUGCUGCCACCACCACAAGGCUAGAACCCAUCCUUUCACCAAUCGGUUCCGGUGGCAGUCCAAGCUCGGGCAGCGAGUCAUCCCCAUCAGACUCGGAGUCGGAAUCAUCAUCAGCGGAGUCCACUUCGGGGCCGGCACCCCCCUCGGCUCCCACCCCGCCCAACCCCCAGCCCGCAGUCCCUCCCUGCCUGAGCUCGUGGGGGCUGAGGAACUUUGCACCCCCGCCCGCGCACCCGCCGGACCAUGCGGACCUUAGCAACGUCCUUGCUGAUGCCAAGGGAAAGCCGAGUCCUAUAUCUGAGUUGUCGGACUCGGAAGCGUCUUCGCCGUCGCCGGGCGCGAGGAGACGGCGGUCGCAGGCCAACCGCGUCAUGUCCGCGGCCUCCAGCGACGAAGAGGCCCCUAGGUCGGCUCCGGUCCGGACGCAACCCUCGCCCUCCGUGACGGCAGCUGUUCCGAACAGCUCCCAAAGCACGGGCGUGAAGCGUGGCAGGCCCCCUAAAGUUCGCACUCCAGAGGAGAGGCCCCCCAAGAAGAAGCGCGGGAGGCCCCCAAAAACGAGGCCACCAUCACCCGCGCCCGACAGCGAGCCUGAGCCCGAGCCCCCACAACACAACCCUCUCCAAGGCACCAAGACACACAUCUUCCGCAAGGUAUUCACACAAAGGAAUAAGGACGAAUGCGGUGGCAAAGGCGGCAAAGGAGGCAAGGGGAAAGGAGGAAAGGGCAAAGGCCAGGUGACGAUCAUCGAAGCGACAGCUCCUGAAUCAGGUGUCGACGAUGAUGACCGUCGCGUCAGAGACCGUUCCGCCGAAAGGAGGAACGAGGAGGCCAUCGCCCGGGUGUCGCCUCCGCAGGAGCCGGAAACGCUCACGAGGAAACGGGAGGCGGAGCGGAUAGCUAACGAGAGGAUACAGGAAAGAGUAUCCAUCGAAAGGCCCGACCAUCGCCGCUCCGCAGACAGAAUACCCGAACGACCUACAGAAAGAACCUCAAACGACCGGAUACCGGACCGGACGGACCGAUUCCCAGACCGACAGUCCAGCGAUAGACUACCGCCAGACCGGCUGUCCACCGAUCGGCUACAAGACCGAUUGUCGAACGACCGGUUAUCAUCCGACAGAUCGUCGGAUCGGUCGUCGCUCUCGUCUUCGGAAAGAAAAUCCAUCGACCGGCUAUCUGGAGAUAAAUUGUUACUGGAACGAAUACAAAACGACAAACUUUCGGUCGAGCGGAUACCGAGUGAGAAGCUCGAUCGGCUGACGAGCGAUAAACUAUCACACGAUCGUUCGUCGAGCGAUAAGAUUUCUCACGAACGGUUGUCGAGUGACAAACUCUCGCACGACCGGCUUUCGAUAGAGAAACUGUCGCACGAGCGGUUAUCGAGCGAGAAAAUCGGUCACGAUCGGUUAUCGACUGACAAGAUCGGUCACGAUCGGUUAUUGAGUGACAAAAUCGGUCACGAUCGGUUAUCAAACGACAAAAUCGGUCACGACCGGUUAUUGAGUGACAAGAUUGGUCACGAUCGGUUAUCUAAUGACAAGGUCGGUCACGACCGGAUAUUGGCUGACAAACUCGGGCACGAGCGUUUAACAAGUGAGAAAAUUGGACACGAGCGGUUGGCGAGUGACAAGUUAUCAAUAGAGCGGUUGCCGGGGGAUAAGUUACCGUUGGAAAGGGUGGAAAGGAUCGCGACAGAACGGUAUAUCCGGGCCGAGGCUGAUGUCGGAUUCGUACAGACUUUAUCGAGUGGUGGUGAGAGGGUAUCGCGCGGGCGGCCGUCGUGCACGGUGCGCAUCCCGCUGUCACGCUUGCGGCCGGACACAUUACGUCUGCUGCAGCGUCCCGCCAGGAGGGCCAAGCCGCCACCGCCCACACCGCCCACGCCGCCCACAGACCAUUCGCUGGAAGGCGGGGGCUCGGCGCUGGAGCGGCGCGGGGAGCGCACGCCCAUCUACUACUCGUACUUCGAGCGACUGCCGGCCGACGCUCUCUCUGACGAGGAGCGAGACCACAAAUACUACCUCACAGAAGCCAAACGCCUCAGGACGGCAGCGGAAAGAGAACAGGAACCCCUAGCUCGCGUCAUGCUAUACCUGGAGUCGGUGCUUUGUUUCGUUCUAACGGGCCGAGUGUUGGAGCUGGAGCUCGAUACCAAGCGCGCCUUCACCAUCUACCGCGAGACAAUCGAGUACAUCAAAUCGAUUCACUCGAUGCCGCAGCGGUUCCGAGCGUCGCCUCAUUCCACAUUCAGCAAGCUGGAUAUCCUCAGCCUUCGUGUACAAGCUCUCUUAUAUCUGCGGAUGUUCAAAAUGUACAAUCGGGAAGUGAAAGAGUACAACAAAAUCGUUCAGGAAUACCAGCAAAAGCCGGCCUGCGCGGAGGCAGUGGCGGGCGGCGCGGCGGGCGUGUCGGCGCGCUCGGCGUCGCCGAUGUCGCCGUCGCCGUCGCCGGCGGGCUCGGUGGGCUCGGGCUCGGGCUCCGGCUCGUCGGGCUACUGCUCGCUGCCGCACGCGCCCGGCGCCGCGCCCGCGCCGCCCUACUGCGGCUUGGCGCACGCCGUGCCCGCGCACGCGCACAACGCGCUGCUGCAGCUCACCAAGUACUACACCUUCCUCUACGUGGCGCACGACCUGUGGGAGCAGGCCGACUGCCUGUGCCGCCUGCGCGCCAACCAGGACCUGUUCAUCGCAGUGGAUCGCAAGUGCGGACCCCUCACGCUGUUCUCAACGUUCCGCCACCUCGUGCAGUACGUGCGGCACGCCAUCUCGCUGCUCAAGAACGCGCCGCGCGAGUGACCGCGCGCGUAAUGACCGCGUUACCGCGCGCGUGAGAUAAUACGUACUUUGUGUAUUUGUGUGGACAGUGACACGGGAAGUGACUGAUUGUGACGGGGUCUGGUGACCUGAGUGAUUUUAUACUCAUUUACUGGCAGGAGACAAUGUGAUUUUAAUUUUUGUAUUUUAGACCUCUUCCGAAUUCAUGCGAAACUUUGUACAAAUUUUUGCUACAUCUUAUUUUUUCUACCGAAAAAAAUCUGCGUUAUUAUAUCGAGCCUUAUUUUUGUCAUUUGCGAGCAUAUGGAGCCCACUUCCUUAAGUACAGAUCUGUCACGUUGACAAGCGAUCGAAGCUGUCAACUUGACAGUUUUAAGGCAAACCCGCACUGCGAAUUUCCACCGCGCGAUUUUAUACGUAGAAUUCUGUGACAUACGGUUAUUCUAUGAAGCCGCGAAAAAAAUACACGCGGUAAAAAAUUCUGCAAGAAAAAUCGCGCGGUGAAACUUCUCAGUGCAGGCUUACCCUUAUACUGGGAUUUUACGACGCGAUUCUUAAACAUGAAUCUCUAAAUGUAUCAAACAAAGUUAGAGGGCAGAGCUACUGGCUAGAUUUUUCGUCAUAAAAUUAAAAUGAAUCUAAUUACUAUUAUCGCCGAUAUUAGCAAGCAGUUAUUCCAAACGGAAUAUACAUUUAUUUAUUUGUAAUUUCGCACCUGUUUGGAAGAGGUGUGAAGUACAUUGAUGUUAAUUUACAUAAGGUGGAGCUACACCUGCGUGUACGAACUAUGCACACAUCGCGCAUAAAUCGAGCACCUAUGGACGUGUUUGUUCGUACGAACAGGUCUCGAACGCAUAUAUAAUUACCAUGUCUGUACUCCUAAAAACUCACAAACUCACGACUAGUACGACACUCGCGCAAACGGCUAACGAACCACUCGUGAACACGUCCACAUUAUGUUCUUACUAGAUGAUACCCGCGACUUCUUUUAAAAAUCCCGUAGGAACUCUUGCUUUUCCGGGAUGAAAAGUUGUCUAUGUCAGUUUCUGGGAGUAAGCUACCUCUGUAACCAUAUAAACCAGUUAAACGGAUGGGCUCUUUGAUUUUCAAAAUCAAAAGUAGUCCUUUCCUGGGAUGUAAGUUAACGUACGCAGGUGUGGGUCGGCCUUUAGAUAACGGAAAUGACGGCUGGCACACGCGUUGAUCUGCGUGCUAUGAAUUGUAAUGAGAUUGUUUCUGCGUGUUUAUCAACUCGGAAGUAUAAGACCAUACCUAAAUCUGAGAUGUAUAAAACGUUCUUUGACUUUGCUCAGAUUUAAGACAGAGUUGAAACGAGACGGAAUUAUGUCUCUUACAUAAAUCUGUCUCGUUUUAACUGUCUUAAAUCUGAGCAAACUUAAAGUAAGUAUAGAUCUCGGCCUGAAGUUAUAACUAUCAAAGUUUGCGCACUAACUGUUAACUACUUCAUACAUUAUUAUUAUGUAACUUCCCUAAUAGAGACGGUGCGGUACUUACGGGCAAGAAAUUCAAAUCCAGUCAAUGUGCUCUUAAUAUGUACAAAAUAUUAUAAUCGAAUCGGUGUACGACAAGAAACUCGGAUUAAAUCGGUAUGCAUGUAUAGAAAGGAACGAAUCGAAUCGAUACGCACGUUGGUUAUUGGAGCAGUUACAGUUUGUGCGCGUACGCAGUUAAUACGCAGCUUUAGGUCUUUCUGAUAGAAAAAGUUCAACGUCUUAAUUUUUAUACAGAUUGAUACGCAAGUGCUAUUACAUUUCGUCAUCAAAUAUCAUGUUGCUGAAGAUAAUUACAUAUAUUUUAUAAAUCAUUAUAAUAAUAUGAAAUUCAGGAUAUUUUACCCAAUUCAGGAUAUUGGACCAAGUCCACAUAUUAUUCAGCAACUAACAUAUUUUUAAAAUCGUAUAUUAAUUCUCAUCAAACUUGUAAGAAACUGACACGGAAUAUACUCGCAAAUAUACCAUAGGAUUUUACUAUUUUAUCGUUUUUAAAAUCGGACUAAUUUAGCCUAAGAUAACGUUAAAGCAUAUUUCAUUUAAACUAAUCCCUCUAUGCAAACACACAAUCAUGAAUUUUCACUAUCAUUUCGUUGGUAAAAGUUUAUUUCGAAAAUAUGUACCUAGUUAAUUAAUAUAAUAUCCUAUUUGAUUGGUGAAUGUUUAAAUAGUAACUAGGUAAUUUUUUUCCUUUAAUAAUUUAAUAUAAUAUUUUAUUGAAUAUUUUAAUGGUCUAUUUUAGAAGUAUACAGAAAAUUUUAAUUCCACUUUUAUAGGAACAGUUUCUUCUUUAAUACCUAUUUUUCAUUUGUGUAAAAGGAUAAGUCAUGCUUGCUGGCAUGACCACUCAAAAAUAUUUCACGCAAUAGAUAAAGUCGAUAAAGAGAAAGUCAUUAGAAAACAUUGUUUUCUGGGCCAAUAUCUAAUGUUUUACAUUACCUUGGCACAAUAUUUUUCUCGCGGUGGUUAUGCUAAUUUCAUAUUUAAUAAAAAUUCGGUCAUACUUAUAGAAAUACCUCAGGUCAUGAAAUAUUUUUAACAAAAUAAAAACAAUAUGCGUUAAAACUUAUAAAACUAAAUAUGCCCUAAUGCUAAAUGUUAUACGAAAUCAGAAAUUUAAAAUGAGAGUCCCCGCGAUACCUUUUCAAUUUAAACUGUCGGAAAACUUUCUGUCGCACUCACUUUGCAAACGUCAGAAAAAGACGGCAAAAUUCUGACAGUCUACGAUCUCUAGUACAAUUAACUGUUCGAAAAUUUUCUGUCACACUCACUUUGCAAACGUCAGAAAAAGACGUGUGAAAAAUCCGGCAAAAUUCUGACAGUCUACGAUCUUAAUUACAAAAUUUAUGAGUAAAGAACAUUCCGGCGGGUAGGUAUUCUUUUCUACCAGAAAAUUUCUGAUAGUAUGAAGGACGAAGGUGCCUUGAAGCUUUGUACAAUCAAAUAGCAGCUAAGUAUAACCAAACAAUUUUUUCACUAGUUCACUUUGAUUAAAAGCAAUAAUAGAGGAUCUUGAAAUUUUACAGCUGUUUUUUUAUUGAAUUUAGAUUAUAUUAGAAAUAUAUUUUGUAAAACAUUUUGCGGAAUUUGAUAUUUAUAAUGUGCUUAUCAAAAAAGUAUGAUUUUUAGCAUUUUUUUGUGAUAUUUUGGUGUUCUUUUGAUAUAUAUCCUUUUGGUUCAAAGAUACAAGAAAUCGUUAUAAGUUUUCUAAUUGAAUAUAGAAUCAGUCAAAAUAAUUAUAAAUCUAUUAUGUCUGUGGCUGCGUUUGCUUAUAAGCUUUUUAGUAGCUUUUCGAUAUAAAAACCUACUUUUUAACCUACUUUUGUUACUACCCUAUGAUAGGGGGUUAAAAACAUGAAACAAUAUCAUACGAGUAUGAUAAUAACAAUAAAUUAAAUAUGAUGAGACUUAAGUUACCCAUAAAUUGAGACUUAAGAUGGAUGUGUCGUAUAACCGGACAGGACAAACAAUAUCGCUUUACAGUAUAUAUUUAAAAUAUUAUUAUAAUAUAUAUAAAGAUAAAUAAAUAACAGUAUGAUGGCACUCGCAACGUUUCAAGAAAACAGUUUACUACAUGUAUUAGUUUUAAUAAGUUUCAAGUUGGAUGUGAUGUAAUAUAUAACACAUUUUACUAUACCUAAUACAAUUAAUGCUUGGAAAUAUAAUUAUAUUUUUGAAGUUGAUUAUUGCAGUUAUUACGUUCGUAAUAUUUAUAUCAUGUGUGUUUAUAUACGAAUAAUAGUAGUGGAAAUAACAGUAUUUGGACUCUUUUUACACUGUGAUGCAACUUAAGUCCAAGCAAUAAAUGAGAACGAUAUGACAAUUGUGACAGUGUAAAAGCAGCCAAUAGGUGCUGUCCAUAUAUAACGUCAUACAAAAAGGUGUGAAGUCUACAAUUACUUGAUUAAAACUUUAAGUACCUAUAUGAAAUAAUACCAAGAAAAAUAGGAAUUGUAAUUAAUGUCAAGAAACAUGGAAAAUAAUCAAUGGACUUAAUAUGGAUGGUUACCUUAUAAUACAAGUAAUAAUUUAUGCUAGAUUUUUAUACGCGAUAAUAAAAUAUAAAUACGAUUGCAAAAUGAUCGACUUUCAAAACUUAUCCCCAAAUAAUAGACAAUAGUGUACAGUUCACAUAAUAUCAUAGUUAAUUCAAUAUUCAUCAUGUAUUCAACUAAAAUAUAUAUUUAUUACAUCCGUGAAGGAAAUGGUCACAUACCUACAUACACACCUACAUAUUGUUGUAAUACAUUGUUAAAUUCAUAUAAUGGAUUGAUUUAAUGUCUCUAAAGCUGAUUGAUGAUUUUUUAUUUAAUUUAGUAAUUAUAUUUAUAGUUUCAUUUAUAGUUUCAUUAUAUUUAUAGUUUUUACCAGGAUACAAGAUAUUUAAUUGUUAUCAAUUAAUUUCAAUUCUAGUUUCAAUAAUAAAUAUUCAAUAUCAUAAAUUAUCGAUUUAGUUUAAUUGACAAAUCAUUUAAAUAAAUAUUUAAUGCAAUUUUUUCUGAUUGUUGCCAUUGUAAGAUCGAAGCGUUUUUUUUAAUAAAUAUUGGUUAUUGUAUGUAUAAAUUUAUGUGUUAUUUAAAAAAAUCUUGAAAAGGCAAUACAACUCUUACGAAUAUACCGUUGGAUAAACCCAGUAUCGACUGCCAAAAAUGAUGGCGAAAUUGCCUUCGCAUUACGUUCACUUCCCAAGAUGUUGACCAAAAAAAUUGUGUAUAAAUUGUAAAUACCCAGUCGCAAAGCGACGAACGCAAGAGUCGAACGAGAUUCUUAUUCACUAUGGCAUCAAACUAGAGGUGUCCAACUUGACAGUUCUCACAUGAAGUGUCAAAUUUUGACGUCUCAUUUCGUGAAUAGUUACAAUUUUAGUGUCAUAGAGAAUCAGGGCCUAGGGUUUCUCUCCAAUAUGAUAAGUCAUAGAAUAAUCAUAUCUUAAGUGUUUUUGUUUGUUUUAAAUCUUUCUAAAGGGAUAAACCGGGAGCAUUGUGUUUGUACCUACAUGCGUACGACACACUCGCGCGGGCCAAUCGAGUAAUAUCUCAACACUAAAGGGAUCAUGUAGUUCUUCGCAAUAAACUGUACCCCUAGUAAGAGUUUGCGUCUCGAAAUCUUUGAUGGUUUUCCUAGUCUCGAUAUUGUAACUUCCGAGUAAAAUUGACAAACUCGUUCAAAGGCGGACAUGCCCGAUUUUUAUAUCACUUUUUUUGCUAACGACGACGCUCUGGUUGUCAAUGUAUGCAAUUGUAUGUGUAUGUAUGAUAUCGAGUUUCGUUUUCGAAAAUACAAACUCAUUCUAGAGGUACAGUUAUCUAUCGCUUUAACGAAACGCGUAGUUUGGGAUAGAUUAGUUUAUAUUUCUUCUGAUCGAUUUAGGGGUAAUUUGAUGUUAUUGUAAAAAAACAUGAACAAGUAUUAAUCAAUUGAACACUUUUCGAUGGAUCAAUAAAUGAAUUACGAGAAAAAAUGCAAUAGCGGCAUGUUUGUCGAAAUAUUUUUUCUUGUAUACAUAUCAAUUGACUUUUUGGUGGUGGUAAUCAGUUUUAGUUUUGUAAACAUUGAGUAACUGAUCUCCUUGAAUUUAAAAGUUCGAGAAGAUAAUAAAUCGAUUAAUUACACUGUCUAAAUGAAUUACACUGUCGUGCAGUGUCGUAACGCACUCUGACGCGACGGACGACCAAUCGGAGAGCUCCACGACAGAACAUAUGAAGAUUUGGACGCUAGGUACACGUAAAUUAUCCAAUCAAAUAUAUGAUUCCGAUCACCCUCUGCCGCAAAACACGAUGCGUCAGUCCAAUGUGCUACCACCUUAAGAAUAUCAUGAACUACUAUUAGUUGCCGAAGUCGUAUGAAAUAGAACGACGCAUUACGACACAGAUGUUUGUUCAGAACUACAAGUAUAUACAGGUCACCAAAAUUAUCAGUGAAAUGUAGCUACAAUUAUUAAUUUUUAACAAAUAACUGUAAUUCUGGAGCGUUUUGUAAAAUUUGAGUACCCAAUUUUGUAAAAAAGUAACCCAAUUAUUUGACAUGUAUCGUGCAGCAAACGUCAAAAAAUGUCAAUAUUUCAUGUGCCCUCAAAUAUUAAGUGGCAUUCCAGUAUUUGAUAUUGACAAAAAAUAUCAGCAGUAGAUAUAUAUUUGUUUUUUGAUACAGUAAUUCGAACGGAUUUAGUAAAAAUUGAAGACCUACUUUUAUACCUAAGUGUUACAAAUUAUAAAAUAGGUGAACAUCAACUUGAAAAUUAAAAAUUCAUAUACUUAACACCAAAAUACAUAUAAUUUUUCUCUUCUAGGUUGUUUAUCAAAUUUAUGUUGUGAUUGUAAAUACAAUUAUUAUUAUUAUAUUAUACAUUUUGUAAUGAUAUACAUGUUAGUGCCAGAUAGGUUUUGUAUGGACGUUUUUAGUAAGAUUGUAAUUUGUCUUGCCAUGCGUUGUGACAACACUGUUAGGAAAUCAGAGCUGAAAUAAUAAAAGUACAUGACAAAAAGGAAUAAAUACGACUCAUAGCAAAGUAUCAGUUAAUAUGAAUUUAAGUUUAUAGUUAUGUCUAAAGUUAUCACCAAAAAUUUGUCAUAAUUUAUUAUUGAAUUAAUAGUUAGACUGCAAAAUAAAUACAGAGAUGACUUAUCUGUAACGUAAAAACUGUUUGCAUUAUUACCUACUUAUAUAUAUUAGGCUUGAUUUUAUUUCCAGUUAAGAAUCAUGUUCAAACCCCACCCGUUGCACUAUUGUCGUACCCACUCCUAGCACAAGCUUAACGCUUCGUUAGAGGGGAAAGGGGAAUCUUAGUCAUGAUUAAAAAUGGCUAAUAUUCUUUAAAAAAAAUGUUUUUUCUAAAAUAAGUAACACAAAAGUGAUAUUAUCACGUUAUUUUUUUUACUACUUAUCAUUUACUCUAACUGUUGUUUUAUUCAACAACAAAAAAAAAAGCAGUGUUGUCACGACAUCUGGCAACACAGUUUGCGCUCGGUCGCGAACACAAAACAAUAAUGGACAAAACACAAACCUGAAAUGUUGUUAUAUAAGAAGCGAGAUGCCUUGUACAUAGUAUGUUAUAAGAAAUGUGUAGUUUUCAUUCAAUAUAUUUUAAUUUAUAAUGUAAACUAUAUUUAUAGAUAAGCGGACAAGAAAAUAAUAAUAAAUAAAUAAAAUAAGAAAUUAUUGUGUAGGUGAGGCCUGACGUGAUAGUGCGAGUAUUUCACGGGAAUUAUUAAUUAAUUAUUUGGAGCAAAGCUUUUUUACGGACGUUUAAAAUUACUUUUACCGAAAAACGCGAAGAAGCUUCGCUUCUGGCGGGCGUCCAGCUAUGACGCCUGAAUUUUUUUAUUACAAAAAAUUGUGUUUUUUGGAAGAUUUAAGGUGGAAACAUACUUAACACACGCAACCCGUUUGUAAUCAAAAGCUCAGAACGCUUUGAGUAAUUUAGUGUGAAUCUGAUAUUAGAACACUGAUUCGUUUGGUGUGUUAAAAGUAUGUCUCCAUCCUUAUUAAUGUGAAUGUUUCAAACGUUCGAGGUAGGAGAGCUUGCAGCGUUCGAUUUAGUAUAUUUUAGAGUAAAGGGAGAGCGCGAUUUUGAACAAUUCCGUAAAUAAUUACCGUAAGUUAGUUACCUGUCGUGAACACGCAAGCCGGCGUAGACUUUUCCCUACUCAAAUAUUUAUUGCGAGUUGUCCCUCUUUUGCUGGGGUCAUCUGUUAAACCGAUAGGGACACAGUAGAGGGUUCUAGAGAUUCUUAUCAAAGUGAAAGAUGUCAUUUUGGUACGCACUAAUUAAUAAUUUUGAGAUGCGAGUUGCGACAAAGUCCAAGUUUUAAAACGUGACCUUUUAAAUCAAAUCGUUGGCCAGAAUCAUACUACAAGCACCGAACGCGAAGCGAAGAUCGCAUCGAGUCAGGUUCCGUUUUAAAAUUAUGUUUCCGCCUUAAAUAACUAGUGUCCUUAGAGUAAAGCUUAAAUGAUGUCGUUCUGUAACUUGUAAAGCUGUCUUUAUCGGUAAAAGAGGCGCACUUAUAUUAAUGGCUGCUUUUGAAUGCAACUAAAUGCGUUUACGGUAUGCGGCAUUCAUUUAUUUUCUGUUCCAUUCAAUAUCGGUACUUACGAUUCGCACAAAUUAUUUAAUAUUUUAAUUUUUAAUUCGUUAUUUAUUAUGAAUUUGUUUAAUUUAUUGUACUGCGCACGAAGCGAAGUUUACUUAAACUUUAAAAUUGGAGAUACAUUCGCGGGGUACCUGCAACUUGUACUAGAAACACGUUACGGAACACUUCACGCAUGUUAUGAGUAUCGUUAAGAAGGUAGUUGACCAGAAACAAGACAACACCCGACACCACGACGAUCUAAAUUGCUUGUAUCAAUCAGGUGUCGUCAGCCGUGUUGUCGCGUACGUAAGAUAUCUACGUAUGAUAUUGGUAGUGUUUCUGAGCAUAUGAAAUACUAAGAUUAGAUAUUUCUGCCAUUUUGCUCCUUUAAAAGCUAUGACGUCUGUAUAUAGACGGCAAGUCUCCGUGAAUGUACGCCCGUUUUGUUUUAUUUUGACAUGUUGUGUAUAAUUUGCAUUAUUAUUUAUUUUUAAUUAGUCAAAAUUUUAGUUGCAUCUCGUUCGGAAACUCGCAAAAAUGUACUUUGAAUAUUAUUCUUUUUUUUUGUUAACGUUCUUAGUUUUAAUGUCACGGUACAUAAUUAAAACGAUUUGUUGCUUAAUUAAUUAUUAUUUAAGCUGAUUUUAUGGCUUUGGUAUUAGAUUUUAAUACGAUCAAGUGUCCUUUGUAAUCUGCAAUACGAGAAGAUGUCUUAGAAAAAAUAUCUAUUAUACACAUAAUAAUAAAUGAUUUAAAUUUAAAAUAGAUACAUAUAGAUUAAAAAUGCAGCCUAAGUCGCGGACCUAUGCGUUCCUUUGUAUUGUAAAGUUACCUCACUAUGUAUUUCGCACGCGUCGUUUUUCGAAACACUUCGGAAAAUACCUAUUACGCUAUAAUCUCAAAAAUGAAUCCUAAAAUUGACGCCAAAUUCUUAACGACAAAUUUUAAUCAUAAGAAUAUGUUUGAACGCUGGUUGGGGAAGCGUUGAGGUGCAAAUACAUUAUAGUGUUGUGGUGUGUUGUAACUGCGACGAUCGACUAUUUGGAGCCGCACCUUGGGCGUAAAGUUCGUCAUCCGCCACGACAGACGCGUCUUCAUACAGAAUGUUUUACUGCGAUCGCCUUCUGUCACGUCACGACACACAACAACACUGUAAUGUGUUCAUACCUUUAGGCGAUUGUUCUAGGAAAUUGUAAAAUACUGUUUUUUUUUUUUUGUUUUCUUCCUCUUUAGUAACAUCUUGUGUUGAUAGCGUGUAUAAUUUGUUUUCUUUUUUUAUAUUUACGUUAAGAGAUAUGUAUAAAUUUUGUUUUCCUCUAAUUUUAUUAUUUUGUGUAACUAUACCCUAUGUUAUUGAUGAUAGAAUACAAUAAUUUUUAUGUAUAGUA